AUGGCGCCAUGGGAGUCGGACACCGAGGCGGGAUCCAGUAUAUCCGGCAGCGACGACGAGUGCACACCAACAUCUGGGCCCGGAGACGUCGACGCUCAGAGCCCUCAGAAGAUGAGCUUCAAGACAUGGAAGCAAGAAUUCUUCAACAGGCUUGGCGAGAUCAAGACCUUUGGUGAUUUCGCUUGCAUGACGCGAUACUCUCAUCACAUAAAUCCGGGCCUCGAAGUUGCGGGCUCACUCAUACCACUCCCUCUGGUGACCCGCGACGCGGACACGAUCAAGAGCAAGUGUGAACAGGCUCCAUUUGGACGCGGCGAUGACACAGUUGUCGAUGAGUCUGUGAGGAAGACUUGGCAACUUGACUCCAGUCUCUUUCGCUGCUCCAAUCCAGCCUGGUCAGCUUUCCUCGACACCGUGCUUCAGGAGACCGUGCAAAAACUUGGCAUGCCGAAAGGCACCCGAGCAGUGCCUUGGAAACUGUUACUCUACGAAGAGGGCUCGUUCUUCAGGCCUCACAAGGACUCUGAAAAGGCACCAGGGAUGAUCGGCACACUCGUGAUUUCGCUUCCUUCAAAGCACGAGGGCGGCCAAGUUCACCUGUCCCACGGCAACAGGCGUCACAUUUUUGCAACCUCAAACUUUUCUUCCUUCGAUCUUACAGGCCUCGCUUGGUAUUCUGACGUGACGCACGAGAUCAAACCGCUUUCAUCUGGAUAUCGCCUUGUCAUCACUUACAACCUCCUCCAGCAACGCGGCUCUCCUCCCUCGGCCGGCGUGUUCAUAGAGCAGCAAGCCCAGCUGCAAGCACUUCUGCAGAAGUGGGCAUCUGCAUUGCAGUCGAAGACAAGGGUCAUCUACAGAUUGGACCAUAAAUAUUCGCAAUCAUCUCUCUCGAUCCAGAAUAUGAAGGGGCGCGAUGCGCAGCGCAUUCGAUGUUUGAAGCAAGCUUGUCAGGAGGCUGGAUUUUAUAUUCUCCUAGCCAUCAUGACCAGGACUGAGGGCUGCGAAGACGAUUAUUAUGGCGGCGACGACGAGGACAGUCUCGAACUGGACCACGUUACGAGUCUUGACGGAAGCUUUAUCACAAGAUCUGUUGAUGUGGAGAUGAAGGAAAUCCUCGGCCCAGACCCUUACAAGGACAGAAGGGCAGACAGUGAGGAUGAAGGUGAAUUCACUGGAAAUGAGAGCAUGCCGUCGCAAUAUCGAUACCAUGAUUCUGCUUUGUUGAUUGUCCCCAGCAGUGGUCUCAUUGGCCUUGCUAAGUCGUCGCAGUGCUCUGCGGCCAAUUUGUUCCGAAUGGUGUUGGACUCUGCCGCUGCGUCGCCAAACCAUUUUCCUACAAGGCGUGAGGCGGUCGGCUUCCUUGACAGCCUCUUAAACAGCUUCAGAUCACUAAUCAGGGAAGGACGUCUGCUCAGCAUGGUUUUCAGAGCAUCCAAACUUUGGUCUUGCCAGGCACUCUACAACAAGGCUAUGCGGAAAGCCUUAAGUGAGGCUCUAGGCAGCACUCGCCAUCGUUUCUCCUACCAAACGCUCAUGAACAGCUCAACUCGAUCUCCCACUGCAGAAAUUUCUGAUGCAGUUGCUGAAUUUGCUAAUGAAUUUUUCUCGCAUCCUACGGAUCAAGACUGGAACGAGUGUCUCGGCGAACUUGUUCAGAGCCUCGAUAAUCUAACAUCGCUCAAUGCAGCAUUCGAGGAUAUUGGAAAGCGACUGAAGACCGAGGAACUAAAACAGUCUUUCAAGGGCUGGCGGUCUUCCAUCGAAACUUCCAGAUUUGAGACUAAGGAAACCUUGACGGCCCUUGAUCUCCCUUUUAUAUUGUCCCUAAUUCAAUCACAUUCGGCAGAUGACGAGUGGGUUUCCACUCGACUCCUUCCAAAGCUAAGUCAACGUGCCGAGAAGCAGCUCCUCUAUGCGCUUCUCAAGCGUCUCUGCGCCGAAAACGGCCACCUUGCGCUCAAGAACACCGAGUCUCUAGCACGACGUCUGCUCGAUGCCACACUCCCAAAGCUGAAUCUCGAAAUUGAUGAUUUGGAGCCCAAAACGCAACACCCACCGCAGAGCUCAAUCUACCUCCGCGGGGCGUCGAACAGUACAGCUCACACCGUGAGCAAUGAUUUCAUCCUCGCACCCGACCAGAAACAGGGUCGCUUCACCUAUGCCAAGAAGAUCCGGUCGCACCUCGAGAUGGUGCUUCCCAGGGAGCACUACAGGUGCGCAACAGACACGACAGCGGGCCAGGGACGCUGCCAGACACUGGUCGUGACCAAGAUCAGUAAGGAGACCGAGUUCAAGGAGGAAAUGAAGAAGUUCGAUGAUGAAGUGCGGCAAUAUGAGCAAAGGCUCUUGUCGUUCCGGCAGCCGGUUGUGCAGAGGCUCCUUGGCGACGAAACUUACAAGUCACUGAUAAUGUUGGAGACCGGGCCUCCUGAUGUGUCUACUGUCCCUGUGUCGAGCAAGAGGGCUGCAGAUGAGAGCCCGGAUCAGCCUGCAUCUACCAGGCAGCGGACGGAGGAAGUCAUUGACUUGACUGGGGAAUGA